AGACAGUAUCAAAAUGGUUGCGUAUGAGUGAAGUUUGAAGUUUCCGGAGAGGAUACGAUACAACAGUGUUCAUGAAAGACAUUUAAGAAAACAGUGUUCAUAGACUGAUUUGAAUUAAGCAGCAAAACAAAUUAUUUGCAAUAUUUGUAGCGAAAUAACUUUGAUAUUUUACAAUUUAUAGUCAUACUCCAAAUAUUAUACUCGUGUUCCGUAUUACGUUACAUAUUAUUAGAAUUUACUUGUGCGAAGAAAGACUUUCCAUAGAGACGUAUUUUGAUUUGAAUGUUUAUUAGUUCUCAGUGACCAUAAAACUCUGCAUAAAAAAAGGACAUUGAAAUGCAUUUUUCCAUACCCGAUACACAGGUAUUUAAUAACGACAAUGGAGCUUCGUCAUAUACGGGUUUUAACAUACACAUAAACGGAAGUUUUCACUGCUGCCUACGAUACAAACAAUUACAUAGUUUACACGAACAAUUAAAGAAAUCGUUGCCAACACUUUUGCUUCCUACGUUUCCGUCGAAAAAAUUGCUUCCCUUAACGCCAAAUCAAUUGGAACAGAGACGAGCAUCGUUGGAACGAUACAUUCAAUUAGUUGGUCAGGAUCCAGUAUUUUCGAAAUCAGAACUACUCCGCAUAUUUCUGUUAAAUGCUCAACAAGAAUCUUCCUACACCGAAUCUCGUGAAGUAAAUGUGGACGUUUACCUUAUGAAUGGCGUCCGAAUAGAAGUGGAUUGUUUUACGACAGAAUGUUCCAGCAAGGUGCUAGAAAAAACGUGCCAAUGUCUGGGUUUGUCGAAAGAAUACACGUACUAUUUUGGACUGUUUCUGAUCAAAAAAGAGAACGACGGUGGUGUAACACUGGUGAGAAAAUUGAUGGACUUUGAGGCUCCAUACAUAUCGCAACGAUUUUUGCACGAUUGUCGAAUUGUUAUUAGGAGUAGUUACUGGGAUCCAUAUUACGAUCAGCAUUUGAUGCUCGAUAAAAUUGCUUUGAAUUUACUGUACAUUCAAACGUCCAGUGAUGUCGAUCGAGGAUGGAUUCUGACAACAAAUGAGAUUAAAGAUCAACUAAAUGUUUUGCAAGCGAACGGAAAUAAAAAGGAGUAUCUGGAAAUCGCGAAAGGUCUUCCGUCUUACGGCUGCAUUAAAUUUUCCAAUGCAAUCGUAGAUUAUCCGAAUGCCAACGAAACUGCGUUUAUUUUGAUUGGCAACAAAGAGCUGUGUAUUCGAACAAAUUUAGGUAAUAAGAUUCAAGAAACGAAAUUCAAGGUGACCCGAAUGAGAUGUUGGAGAGUGACUACGAAUUAUAAUAAUGAAGACUCAAAUCCAACCAAUACUCAAGUGCAUAGUAUGGAACUGUCGUUCGAAUAUCUUAUGUCAAAGAGUUGCCUUAAAUGGAUCACAAUUGCCAGUGAACAAGCGAUGUUAAUGUUUGUAUGCUUGCAAAAUAUGGUCGAUGAAUUGCUGAAUAGGAAGGACGGAAAUGACUUCAAUAAUAUACAGGUAACCCGACCAAAUCAUACAAAUUUGUCAUACAUUCGACGAGACGGGAAAAACAGACGAAUAUCCGAAUCGAGUUCAUCGGAUACGAUUUCUAGUUUAAACGAAGUUGAUAUGCCGUUACAAUUCAAUUCCGAGGCGUUAUCGAUGCGUCGUCGAUUGAACGAGAAAAUAUCGACGACAGUAUUAUUCCGUAAGAGUGCAGUGCACAACGAAGCAUUCGAAGAAAUUGGUGACGAUGAUUUGUAAUAUUGGAUACGUAUAUCGAUUAUGGGUCGAUAAAAAUGUUUAGUUCGAAUUUGAAAUGAUCAAAAAAAAAUUAAUUAACCAGUAAAUUAAUUAUUAACUAAAAUUAUGAUGCCGUGUAGGCUUUGAAUAGGUUUUUUUAUACACACGAAAACAAACAAAAA